CCAUCGCCGAGAACCUCCCCCGAUCUCUGGGACGAAUUGCUCUCAUUACGUCCCCACCUUCCUGUAAUGGAUUUAAUUCCUUCCUUUGGGUCAUUCUCUUCCUCGACUCCCUCCCCUUCCUGAGUGUUCGGAGCCUUUGGAGACCUCCUCAUCCCGUUAGCGAUGUCACUGUUUAGCCGGGCCAGUUUUGAGGAAGCCGGUCAGAAGCAGCCAGCUGUGGGGCACUGGAGGACACUGAUGCCGUCCAAAGGCAGCAAGGAGGAGCCGGCGACUGGAUGCCAGGAUGCUGGAGGUGUGGAUGAGACCCAGGCCACCGAGCAGCUCAACGUGUCACGUCUACGCAGCUCUUCAGUGGAGAUCCGUGAGAAGGGGUCUGAAUUCCUGAAGGAAGAGCUGCACAAAGCACAGAAGGAGCUGAAGCUGAAGGACAAAGAAUGUGAGAGACUGUCAAAAGUCAGAGAACAACUGGAGCAGGAACUAGAGGAGUUAACAGCUAGCCUGUUUGAGGAAGCGCACAAGAUGGUGAGAGAAGCAAACACUAAACAGGCGGCGUCGGAGAAGCAGCUGAGGGAGGCACGGGGGAAGAUCGACAUGCUGCAGGCAGAGGUAACAGCUCUGAAGACGCUGGUGAUCACAUCCACACCUUCUUCUCCGAACCGGGAGCUGCACCCUCAACUCCAGAGCCCUUCUAAAGCUGUCUUCAGGAAGGGCCAUGGGCGAAACAAGAGCACCAGCAGCGCGAUGGUCUCAGCUGCCAGUCAGAAUGUGACUCCAGAGCCCGUCAGUCGUGAGUGCAAAGAGGUCGACUCCAUUUUAUUUGCUGAGUUCCAGGCCUGGAAGGAAUCUCCAACUUUGGAAAAAUCCUGCUCCUUCCUGGACAGAAUUUAUCAAGAAGAUGUCGGACCUUGUCUGGACUUCACUAAGCAGGAGCUGUCGGAGCUGGUACGAGUGGCUGUGGAGCAGAACACGCUCACCAUCGAGCCGGUUGCUUCCCAGGCACUGCCUGUGGUGAAGGUGUCAACAGAAGAGUGCGGUGGGCCAAAGAAAUGUGCUCUGAGUGGCCUCCCCAGGACCUGCAAGCACCGCAUCAUGCUGGGGGAUUCUGGAAAUUACUACUACAUUUCACCAUCCUGCAGGGCCAGGAUCACAGCGGUGUGCAACUUUUUCACAUACAUUCGCUAUAUCCAGCAGGGCUUGGUGAGGCAGGACGUGGAGCUGAUGUACUGGGAGGUCAUGCGGCUCCGGAGGGAGAUGUCUCUGGCCAAGCUUGGGUUUUAUCCCAGUGAGAUGUAAGCAGAGGCCUGAGCAUGGAAGGAAACUGCUCCUGUGUGAACGGUGUGGCAAAUGUAGCCUGCCAGACGGAUGAAUGCAGUGCCUCUCCUGCAGUGGGCCUUCCUCCCUCUCCACCCUCCCUCCGCCUGAAGCUGAUCAAGGAGCAAGAAGCACAAGUUCCACCUUCAGCUGUCCAGCUUCUCCAACUGUGACUGGAACGCAGCUGCCAAGCUACCCCCU